AAUAGUCUGUUCCGGUCUAUUUAAGGGGGUGGCUCUCCCAUAAAUACCAAUGUGAUAUAGCAGCCGGGGAUGGUCUACUGCUGCAUUCAUAUCAACUGGGAACUCGGUCUUCUCCGACUUCAGUGCGUUCAAUACAGCUGGAAACUCGGAAUAAACUAGUUCCGACUGGGGAAAAUAUUUUGAACAAGCAUGAACGGGGAACUCCCGACUUUCCGACCUGAGUAUCAAUGGCAAGAUGAUUUGACCUAGGUUUUUUCCCCAAGAUCACAGUUGUUGUGGAAGCACCAUUAAUGUUUGCUUUACAAUUACAAAUGCAGCUUAGUGUGUGUGAACUGUGCCUGGUAUUACGCUCGUGCGCUGAAUAAGUUUGUUGACUCGCGCCCAUUCACCUGACGUGGCGGGAAAGUUAUACACGAGCGCUUCCUUGAGGUUAACAAACUGUGACGUGUCCUACAUUUAUUAUAAUUUCUCUAAAUUUCUGUGCCGAAUCACCAUCAAAACUCUUUAAAUGCUUCGAAGUAGCACAGAGGAGUUGACACCUGGCAACACCACGGACUCCGGAAGAAGCUCGGUGCUGUCACCUUUGGAUCAUCGAGGCGGACAAAGUGGGCCUGUGUCACUCGGUCGUGGAACAACAUCUGCAGGGCUGCUCACAAGAGUGAUUCACAGCUUCAGAGGGGGAAGGACAAGUUCAUCUGUCCCACCAUCCAGUGGCUCCUCAUUCUGUGGGACCCCCAGACUCAUGGGGGGGACCCCCAGACUUGGGAGGACCCCAGGCUUAGCUGGGGCUCUAGGCAUACACCCUGCAUGGACGCCACAGACUGAACCCUCUGUGACCACUAGCUGCUCCUCUGUGACAUCGACCACUGCUGCCUCUGUGAUUGUGGCGGUGGUAGAAGGGCGUGGGUUGGCCAGGGGGGAGAUUGGCAUGGCCAGUAUCAACCUGAAAUGCCCAGAGCUGGUCCUCUAUCAGUUUGCAGACACUGGGACCUAUGCCAAGGUUAUCACCAAGCUUCACAUCCUGGUGCCACUCGAGAUACUGAUGCCAGACACUGCCAGUGAGAAAGGCAAAGGGACCAAGCUAUACAGCCUAAUCACAGAAAACUUUCAGUCAGUAGCUUUCACUGCAAUCCAGAGAAAGUACUUCAAUGAGAGAAAAGGGCUGGAAUACAUCCAGCAACUGUCUGCACCAGAGUACAGCACUGUUAUUAUGGAGGUGCAAGCUAAAUACUAUUGCCUGGCAGCUGCGGCUGCUUUACUGAAAUACUUUGAGUUCAUUCAGAACUCCAUUUAUGCACCAAAGUCACUGAAAGUAAGCUUCAAAGGGAGUGAGCAUACUGCCAUGAUCGACUCAGCGUCUGCCACUAACCUGGAGCUGGUUGUCAACAACAGGGACCACAGGAGUGAACAUACCCUGUUAGGGGUUCUGAACUACACAAAAACCCCUGGUGGGGGAAGGAGGCUGCGCUCUAACAUUCUAGAGCCCUUGCUGGAUGUCGAUACCAUAAACAUACGUCUAGACACCAUUCAAGAGCUGUUACAGGAUGAGGAGCUCUUCUUUGGCUUAAAGAAUGCCAUUGGACAUUUUCUGGAUAUAGACCAACUGCUCUCUGUUCUUGUCCAGAUCCCCAAGCAGGAAACGGUUCAAGUUGCAGAGUCAAAGAUUACACAUGUGAUUCAGCUGAAGCAUACUCUGGAGUUGGUACCACCACUGAGGAUGGUGCUGAAGAACUGUAACACUGCUCUGCUGAAGGCUUACAGCAGCUCACUGGAGGACAACAGGUUUGACAUGAUCCUGGAGCAGAUCAAGUCAGUGAUUAAUGAUGACACCAGCUACAUGAAGGGGAGCCUCAACAUGCGCACACAGAAGUGCUACGCUGUGCGCCCCAACAUCAACGAGUUCCUGGACAUUGCCCGGCGAGCCUACACUGAGAUUGUGGAUGACAUUGCAGGGCUGGUUGACCAGGUGGGGGAGAAGUAUGGCUUGCCGAUACGCACCAGCUUCAGCACAGCUCGAGGCUUCUUCAUCCAGAUGAAACUGGAGGGGGUAGCUUUACCUGAUGGGGAACUCCCAGCUGACUUCAUCAAGGUGACGAAGCACAAGAACAACUACAGCUUCACCACAGCAGACCUGAUGAAGAUGAAUGAUCGCUGUGAUGAGGCCCUGAGGGAAAUAUUUCACAUGUCCUAUGUGGUGGUGUGUCAGCUGCUGAAUACAGUUCAUGAGCAUAUCCACUGUCUUUACAAACUGUCCGAUGCUGUGUCCAUGCUAGACAUGCUGCUGUCACUAGCCAAUGCAUGCACCAUCUCAGACUAUGUGCGUCCUGAGUUCACAGACACACUGGCCAUCAAGCAGGGUCGUCACCCCAUUCUGGAGCGCAUCGUUGGCCAGCAGCCCGUGUCCAACAACAGCUACAUCUCUGAGGGCAGCAACUUUGUCAUCAUCACUGGGCCCAACAUGAGCGGCAAGUCCACCUACCUCAAACAGGUGGCGCUGUGCCAGAUCAUGGCUCAGAUAGGCUCCUUUGUCCCUGCUGAGUAUGCCUCCUUCCGCAUUGCUGACCAGAUUUUCACCAGAAUCGGGGUGGAUGAUGACUUUGAGACCAACUCCUCAACCUUUAUGGUGGAAAUGAAGGAGGUCUCAUAUUUAAUCCAUAAUGUGAGUGAUAGGUCUCUCAUUAUCAUAGACGAGCUUGGGCGUGGUACUAGUGCUGAGGAGGGUGUCGGCAUCUGUCACUCUGUCUGCGAAUUCCUCCUUAGCCUCAGGCUGUUUACCUGCUGGUCCCAGGCGUUCACGCUGUUCGCCACACACUUCCUGGAACUAUGUGAGUUGGAGACAUUGUACCCCAAUGUGGAAAACCAGCACAUGGAGGUUCAGCACACCCGCACUGGUGACACGGGUACAGAGCGUGUCAUCUAUACCUUCCUGCUGAGCCGUGGAAGCUCUGAGGAAAGAAACUAUGGUCUGAGGGCUGCGGAGAUGACUGCACUGCCUUCAACCAUAAUCCAAGAAGCAAAGGCGAUUAGCUCUAAAGUCAGCCAACAGCUCUUGGUAUGCUUUUCCAGUAGGCCAUGCUUUUGGCCAAACACCACAGUGAUCCGGAAACGCAACGGCAGAGAGCAGUGUACCACCUGGCCACUCGGCUCCUGCAGACAGCCAGGAACUCAAGGCUGGACCCUGACAGCCUACGCAUCUAUCUGAAGGGCCUGAAGAGACACUAUGAAGCAGAGCUGCAGGUCAUAGGAGAGCCUGUGUCCAUGGAGACAGAGGAAGAAUGAGUUGGAUGGGGAAAGGGAUGUCAAAGGGUGGGGAGGUGAGGAGAGAGGAAUUUUAAGGAAGCUUGUGGACUUAUGAGUGAUGCUGUUUGACUAUAUCUUCUAUAAUGAUAUUCAAUGACGUUGUUAGAUAUGUAGUAUUUGUUUUCUCAAUGUUAAUCUGUAAUAUUUAAAUAAAACAUUUCUAUAUUUUC